AUGCCGGAGUUGACUUUGAAUAUACCGUUUCAAACAGUUCAUCAGGCAAGCAUAGCAAAGAACUCACUUAGGCCAGACCCAGUGUUAAAAACAAGCGAGUUACAGAUUGAUUUUCAAGUGGAUGAAAAUAUCCUCCGAUGCAAAUUUUCAGGCAUCAGUGAUAGAGUUAUACGAGUAUCGAUCAGUAAUGUAUUAGAUAACCUUAAGACCGCUAUUGAAUGUAUUGACGAAUUUGAAGGAAAGAAGGAUAGUCUAUGGGAGUUGGAUGAUGUUGAAAUGAAUGGAUGA